UCUGAUGUUUUUGUUGAUGGACAUCACUAACGUUACGUGACAUCCGGGAAAACCGUUCAUUUCAAGUCCUGCAUUAGCAAUUAAUGCUGGGUGACUUGCUGUACAAGGACUCUAUUGAUGUGUGCCAUACAAGUCAACAACAGCUUUAUGCGUGCGUCUGUUUCAUUUUACAAGGUAACGUAUACGUAAAAUAAGUUGAAGAUGAAAACAACAUUACAACACUGUUGCCAUAGUUGCGUAUUCUUAUGGAUAAGCAACCAUCCGUUCCAGAACGCCUUGUGUAUUUCGAAAAGAACAAGAGCGUCGUGACGCAAAAAUGGAAAGCCGAACCAUCCUUUUUGUUGCGGUCUAAACAUUAAUUUCAAAUACGUUAUAAAGCGCUUGACUUCGUAUCCUGUUGGAGUGUGUAUAGUACGCCAAUGAAUCGCUCUGGAAUGUCAUUAACAACAGAUAACGAGCACGUAGAUGCAGUAAACGUGUUUUCAGAGGAAGACUCUGACGACAUAUUAGGCUGUUACAAUCUGGACGACUUUUCCCGCGAGUAUGUCGGGGACAUGUCAGACUUGGAGGGGAAAGUUGCGGAUCUUCGCGGCCAGGUUGGAGAGAUCAGGGGUAACGGGAGGAAAGUCCGCGGUGACCUUGACGAUCUGGAGAUGAAGGUGGACAGCAUGCUGAGGGAGGCAAGGGGGAUGAGAAGUAGCGCCAGACAGGAAAAAUAUCUAGAAAAGGUACUUUGUCGCCUGUCAGGGGAUCCCUUGAACGACAUCCCGCUGCAGAAGUUUGAGGACGUCUCCGUGUUCCCCACGGUCUCCAGACGGACCACACCGCCGCCCAGGCCGCCACGACCGGGGAUCCUCAGCCGCUUCUUCAGGAGGAGAUCUCAGCGAAAAGUCCGACCCGUUCCCGAGCAGGACGUAGUCGCUUGAUCGUUCUUAUUUCUGUAUUUGUCUAUGAUAAAAUAUUCCGAAUUGGAAAUUGGAAUGUUGAAUGAAUGUCUUUUUUAUGAUAUGGAAAAGAUUAAAGUGAAACUACCUUAUCGUCCUUUUCUGUACAUGUAUGUGUAGUUAGCAUGCAGGA